CCAAAGAUAAUAAGGCAAUCCAGUCCGCUUUCUACCAAAGGUCUCUUUCCAGCAAUAUAAAGUGACCUAUUUGCAGCUGCUUUGUUAACACCUCCACAACCAUGCGUAUCUUUUUCGUGGCUGUUAUUCUGGUUGCGGUACUGUGCCUGGUCUACGUUAAGGGAGCGACACUUGAACAAGCGGACGGUGAAGCGGAAACCAUGCUGCAACGACUGAAACGCGACAGUCACCGCUGCUACAGCGAUUACGACUGCUCUUCCUGGCGCUACUGCAGCUCGUACGGCUACUGUCACGAACGCAGCCGCUCGCUGGUCCACCGACAGAAACGCGACAGCCACCGCUGCUACAGCGAUUACGACUGCUCCUCGUGGCGCUACUGCAGCUCGUAUGGCUACUGCCACGAACGCAGCCGUUCACUCGUCCAUUAAUGAGCUCGCAGUUCUUACGACUGACGUCGGCAACAACCAACGUGCCACUUUUCGGAGAGUAAUUCUCCCUCUCGGCGCAUCUGCUUCCGUUACGGUAAAAGCAACCGUAGCAGCAACAGAUCAUUGCAACCUAAAAGCAUCCAGCGAUUACAUUAUAUCUAGCGGUUCAAUUAAUGCAGUGCAAGAUCCGGGUGACGGUACGCUUCUUAUUAGUGGUGCUUAUUAGUGUUCUUAUUAGUUUUAUUAUCUGAGCAUGCAUGCUGCUGGUAAAAUAUGAUGGACUUCAUUCAAAUUGCCGCAAAAAACCAAUGUUCGCCAAAAA